ACUAAAAUCAAUGGGCCUACUUCUAUGAUUCGAUCAGACAGUAAUGGAAGCAUGACCUUUAACAUAUCCUCUAUGCCUGUUGGAUCCUCCCGGGGCCCUAGUCCACUGACAAUCGGCAUGUCCGACACCAUCCCAUUGGCUGUAGCGUUCACAGAGACUGUCAGUGCUUACUUCAAGGGACAUGAUGCUAAAAAAUGUGUGGUGCGCACACUUGGAAAUGUGAUGAUGUCAUUCCCUGCUGGCGUGGUCCGGGUGUUUACAGAAAAUCCAUCUCCAGUUUUGCUUUCAUUUUGUAUCAAGAAUACAAACAAGUUAGAGGAAAUCAUUGCCAACUCCUCCAUGCUCACCAAAAAUGAAGCACAAAGUACUCCCGAUGUCCAUGCCUAUGAGUUUAAUAUGGCCAACCUGAUAGAACAUCUAAGGCAGCAAGGGGAACAGAAUAAAGCAGCUUCUUACUUCAACAUUGAUAUUCUAAAGUAUCAGGUGAAAAGUCUGCCAGGUGUGGACAUGACCCCACUUCCCCUGGUGACAUAUUGGAAAUGCGAUGAAAAUAUCACAGACUAUCGACUUGACUACCGAUACAAUCCGUCUGCCAUGUCGUCUGCAGUUACUUUGAAAAAUGUGACUGCUGUAGUACAAGUGGAUGGAGAUGUCAGCAAGAUGCAGAGCAUCCCUAGUGGCAACUGGGAUCCGGUCACAAAGCGAGCUACUUGGAAACUGAGCGAUAUCUCCGAGGUCAGUGAGCAAGAAUCACAAGGCUGUAUCAGAGCCAAGUUUGAGCUCAACAAAGGCCCCUCCAAGCCGGCCACUACAGCCAUGCAGUUUGCUGGUGAAGGUGCCACACUUUCAGGAGCUGAGUUUGAGCUGACUGGCUCCGGUUAUAGAAUAUCGCUGUUAAAGAAGCGCUUUGCUACAG